CGAACACCGCCACCACCAUCAGAAUAUCCUCGAACCACAUUAUCAACACGACCUUCAGAAAUAUCAAAAAUGUAUACAUGUGGCAAUCGAAAAGUGAUUCCAAAUAUGCCGGACUUGAUCCUUCGCAAAAUUUUCGACCAGUACGACUAUCCGGUGUUGUGCAAAAUGGAGAGAGUCUGCAGGCGAUGGACGAAUAUAAUUAACUCGAAGUUUCGAAAGGAAAUUCACGAGAUCUCUAUUGAGAGGCUGGGAUCAAUGUUUCCCCAAGCCCAUCAAUGUGUUCCUUUCCGCCGUCUUUCGAUCAGCUGCCCCUCGGAUUCCCAUGAUUUUUUGGCUGGUGUAUUCCGUCGCAGUCGUUUAAGUUUUAUGAAAAUGACCACAGAUAUCAACUUUCUCGCUGGAAUUGAUCAGAUCCACGUCUCAAAGGAUAAUGGCAGACGUUAUUUUUCAAAUGUCGAAGACUUGUGGCUUCUCAUGAUUCACCCAGAUGACGAUGUUACUCAACGAUUCCUUGCAAUUGAGGGGACACUUUUUAGUGAACUCCAACAACUAACACUCCAAGUUCAUGUGAAUCCACGUUACUACAAGAACGUUGGUGAAAUUGUGAAAAGUUUCAUUCUUCGUUACCCGAAAUCAAACAUUAACUUGGAAUUACAUGCCGAAAAAUCGAUGCACAUUCUCAACCAGAUCAGUAACUUACCAUCCCUGCCACUCUACAAGAUCAAGCUCAUUUGUACUGACUUUGAUCAACCGCAGCUAAGAUUAGAUCAGUUGUAUGCUGUUAUGAGGGAACAGAAUAUUCAAGCAAAGAAUAUUACUAUGAGAGAUUGGUCUCUCUUCGCCGACGGUACCACUCCUGUCUCCUACAACCCAUUGGACACUUUCAGAAUAUCUUCAUGUUCCAUCGAAACUGUCGAUAAUCUUGUUAAAAGUAUUCAAAUGACAGCUUCUCAAGGAACUCAUGUCGAUGGUGUUCCACCUACAAAAAAGAAGAAAGUUAUCAGAAAAAAGAAGGAAACGGAGGUUGUAACUGAAGAAGGUGUACUUCCUAAGCCUAAGAAAAAGGUUGUCAAGAAAGUUGUUAAGAAGAAGAAACCAAUUGCUUUUAUCAAAAAACUCGAAGUAGCAGGGCAGUGCACUCUUCAUGGACUUACUUUCUUGCAGCAAAAAGCGCACACCGAGCUGGAAAGACGCCUGACAACAUUGGUACCUGGAUUAGAUGUAGAUUGUAGUGAAAUUUAUUAUUGCUGGUAGAGAUUGUGAACAAAAAUUAUGGGUAUCUAGGAUUCAUUUAUUUGUUUUUGUAAUUUUGAAUAUUAUUUUGACUUCAAACUAUUACCAGAAUAAAUAUCUUCUGAAUAAAUC